AUGUCACACUCGCAGUCAGACUCCAUGUCCAUGACGAUGGUAUUCACCAACACUCACACCACCCCUCUUUUUGCAAACUCCUGGACGCCCUCAUCGGAAGGCGGCUAUGCGGGCACCUGCAUUUUCCUCCUUCUUCUCGCGAUGACACUGCGGCUCCUCUUUGCGGCAAAGGCUGUGUGUGAGCAGAGAUGGGCAACCGCCGCACGGAACCGACGAUUCGUUCUGGUCAAAGGCAGAUCGACCGAAGCUGGCAGGAUUGAUCAGGAUCCCGACGCGAAGACAGGUUCUCUAGUCACGGCCCAAGGUGUGGAGGAAAACGUCAAGGUGGUGCAAGCAAGAACUGGCGGAAUCGUUCCUUUUCGAUUAUCCGUCGACAUCCCUCGAGCUAUUUUGACAACGAUUAUUGCUGGCGUCUCAUAUUUGCUGAUGUUGGCGGUCAUGACCAUGAACGUGGGCUAUUUCCUCUCCGUGCUGGCCGGCACUUUUGUUGGCGAGUUAUUAGUGGGGAGAUACGCCCAGAUUGAUGAACACUUGCAUUGA